AGCGCUGAGAUAGAAUGACAGCUUACUCGUGACUAUCACGUGAUGGACGAGUCGGUGCGUAUAAACUGAAAGUUCAGAACGUCAAAGGCACUUUACAUCUCUUAAUUCCUUUGAAGCUGGACUCUGAGCUUGAUACAGUUAAAUUUGCAACCUAAAGUUCCCUUGAUCGAAAAUGGCGACAGAUGAAGAGAUCAUCUCGGAAGCUGUAAAGGGGACGUGGGCGUAUAUUAAAAAGAACGACCCUGAAGAUUAUUCCAAGCUCGUUGCAGACAGUGAAUUGAAAGAUUCUAUCACUGAGGAAGCUAGGAAAGCCGCCAAAGAGGAAGUGGAGCUCUCUCACGAGUUUACCUCUCAACUAGAUAUCCCAGAUAUCCGUAAGCGCCUUGAGAAGCAUCUAACCGAACACCGAAUCAGCUUGAUUGAAAAGGGGCUCACCAUUCCAACAUUCUGCAUGGAAAUAAGCAUGACAGACGAUGGCUAUUAUCUGGCGCAGUUCACGAGAGAAGGACAUGAGUUUCGACCACCCAUUAAGCUGAAGACGGUUGCUGCGAUCGACUACACCUCGUUUCUUCAGUACGCCAGUAUUGUGGUGGAGGGGGUGCUGCUUGUCGCGCAGGCAGCUGGUAUCGAAAUUUCUGUAAGCGAGGGUACCAUGAAAGCCACCAUCGAAGAAACCGAGCAAGCAAUUGAAAAUUCUUCAAAAUUCCAGGAGGCGAUAAAGAAGUUUAUCAGUUCAUGGAAUGCGGCGGAGGGCAAAAGAUAUGACCAGGCUAAAGCCCUUUUCUACCUCGUCAAAGAUACCUACGCAGCUGGAUUGCUGUGGACCAUCAUCAAGAGUUUGUGCCGCAAUAUGUCAUGGCGCGACUGGUUGGAGACUGCAGCAAAGGUGAUCGCCAUGGUCAUAGCAGCCUUUGCAACGGAGGGAGCAGCGCUAAUAGCAGAGAUUGUGUUGGCCUUAGUGUCUGCUAUUGACUUCGCUAAGAAGAUCGUUAAUGUGGGAAAACUUGAAGAAAUAAAGGAAAAUGUAUCGAAAAAGUGAUCUUGUACAACGCUAACUUACUGUACUACUUUCCUUCUGAUCGAAUCAUAUUAUAAAAUCAUAGUGUGGGAGACUAGCGCAGUUUUUGGAACUCUAUAUGUAUUUUUCAAGAUUCGUAAAAUAAAAGUGUGUUUGAAUAUUCACAUAGUCAAAUAGAACAGGAAAGAAUCGACGUAGUGUGAUAUUCUCAGAAAAACAGGAAGUCGAUGAUGUAAUACAAUAGGGGCUUUCUCGAGUAAAUAAGUCAGCAUUACUAUUGUUUUGAGGUCAUAUGAUAGUCGCAUAAUUCAUCAGCCGUUCAUCAAUGUCGAGUAGCCAUCAGAAACGAAACUUCUCGGCGCUUGCUACAGGAUCAAGUUGAGACAAUGACUGAAAUACAUCGUCAUAAAUUCAAGCGAAGGGGAAGAGCGUCACGUUUGCGAAAGGCGACACCCGAUAUAUAUGUGAUGCAAUCACGAUCUCCAGUUGAACAUUGAAAUAGAACUUGGCUGCAUUUAUUAUUGUGUAUGUUUAUGUCCCGAUGCAUAUAAAUUUCUACCAUUAAAUAUAUACCUUUUAUUGUUGAAGCAAAAUAAUGACACUUAAUUGAGCUCUUAGCUUCCAAGUUGAUGAUUGUUGCUUCGGACAGUUUUCAAUUUAUGACGAAUUUGUUUACUAUCAAAUAAAACGUUUUUAUAGUC